AUGGGGAAUUGCUGCGCUACGCCGGCUACUCCAUCAGGGAAGCAGAACAAGGGGAAGAACAAGAAGUCGAACCCAUUUGCAGCGGAUUAUGUAGUGAGCAAUGGCAAUGGUGGUGGGAACUGGGUGUUGAAAGAUCCAACGGGUCGAGACAUUUCUGCCUUAUACGAUCUGGGUAGCGAGCUUGGAAGAGGUGAAUUUGGGAUAACUUAUUUGUGUACUGAUAUGACCACUGGAGAGAAACUUGCUUGCAAAUCGAUAUCAAAGAAGAAGCUGAAGUCUGCUGUGGAUAUUGAGGAUGUGAGGAGAGAAGUUGAAAUUAUGAAGAAUUUGCCUAAGCAUCCGAAUAUUGUGUCAUUGAGAGAUACCUAUGAGGAUGAAUAUGCUGUUCAUAUUGUUAUGGAGCUUUGUGAAGGUGGGGAGCUGUUUGAUAGGAUUGUUGCGAGAGGUCAUUACACGGAAAGAGCAGCUGCAGCUGUCAUGCGGACCAUUGUUGAAGUUGUGCAGAUGUGCCAUAAACACGGUGUUAUGCAUCGCGAUCUCAAGCCCGAGAACUUCCUUUUUGGAAACAAGAAGGAAACAGCUCCAUUAAAAGCAAUUGAUUUCGGGUUGUCGGUAUUCUUCAAACCUGGUGAGCAGUUCAAUGAAAUCGUUGGAAGUCCGUAUUACAUGGCUCCCGAGGUCCUGAAAAGGAACUACGGUCCAGAAGUUGACGUUUGGAGUGCCGGGGUCAUUCUUUAUAUUUUACUUUGUGGCGUCCCACCUUUUUGGGCAGAAACCGAACAGGGGGUUGCACAGGCUAUCAUUCGCUCGGUAAUCGAUUUUAAGAGGGACCCUUGGCCUAUAGUGUCCGACAAUGCAAAGGACCUAGUGAAGAAAAUGCUUAAUCCCGACCCCAAAAGGCGACUCACCGCUCAAGAAGUGCUCGAACAUCCCUGGUUACAAAACGCCAAAAAGGCGCCGAAUGUUUCAUUGGGGGAGACUGUGAAAGCGAGGCUAAAACAGUUUUCUGUGAUGAACAAGCUGAAGAAAAGAGCUUUACGGGUUAUUGCCGAGCAUUUAUCAGUUGAGGAAGUGGCUGGAAUCAAAGAGGCAUUUGAAAUGAUGGAUACUGGCAAAAGAGGUAAGAUAAACCUCGAGGAGCUUCGUGUAGGAUUACAGAAGCUAGGCCAGCAGAUCCCGGACGCUGAUCUACAGAUACUCGUCGAAUCGGCUGAUCUUGAUGGUGAUGGGACAUUGAAUUAUGCGGAGUUCGUCGCUGUUUCGGUCCAUCUUAAAAAGAUGGCAAAUGAUGAACACCUACAUAAAGCUUUUUCAUUCUUCGAUCAAAACAAGAGCGGCUACAUCGAGAUUGAAGAGCUAAGAAAUGCGCUUAAUGACGGAGACGAGACCAACAUCGAGGAGGUUAUCGAUGCCAUCAUGCAUGAUGUGGACACAGACAAGGACGGGCGUAUAAGCUACGAGGAGUUUGCAGCUAUGAUGAAAGCGGGUACAGAUUGGAGAAAAGCUUCGAGACAAUACUCACGAGAAAGAUUUAACAGUCUGAGUUUAAAGUUAAUGAGAGACGGAUCGUUGCAUCUAACGAACGAAGGUAGAUGAAUCACGAACCUUGGAAGCUGAUUGAUUUUGUUGAUUUGGAUGGAAGAAACUCUGAAUUUUUUCUUCUUUUUACUUCACUUUUGAAUAUGAUUUGGUUUGUAGAACAGAUGUUUUGGCUUUUGGGCUAGCCAGGAUUAGAAUGGUGGGGUCUGAAAGUGCCUCUUGAAACACUUAUGUUCAUGUUAAGGGUAUCUGUUUUGGGGUAGUUGAGUGCAGAGAAGACCCACCUAAGUUCAUUCUAGAGAGGAGAAAGGGUCUUGGUUGAGGACCUCAUUGUGUGAUUGUGUGUAUAUAAUCAAUUAAUUAGGUCAACUAGUGAUGUAAGAAUUUGCUUGAAUCUACAUUUUCCUUUCAAUUUUCCACUCCUUUUAAGGUGUUUAGCCCCUAAGCUCGAGAACCCGUGUUCGUGGAAGGGUUUGUUAUA